AUGGCGGACAAAUACGUUAUGCGGGUGACCGCUGGGUCAACUUAUAAUGUCGAUGACCAGCAAGUAGUACCGGUCAACUCACCGGAGCUCACCAAAAUCAGCAACGAGUUCAUGGAUAUCGAGCUCAAUGUUCGGGUACAAAACUAUAAAGGCCUGCCAAGAAACUCACCCACAACCUCGGCAUACUUCUCACAACCUCCCCACGACUAUAACAAGGAUCAAUACAGCAUAUCUUUCCGCUUCACGCCCAAGAAACCAUCGGCGACCAAGAACAAUGCGGCUGGUGACCAGCCAGAAAAUGGCAUAUCUGCCUCGGACCUCCAGUUUGGAAAUGACUUUGACCAUCCCAUUCGGGACCGCCUCCCGCCAGGAUUCAACACGGCAAUGAGCAUCGUGAAGUGGUGGAUCGAUCCCGGCCUAGACGGAGACGCCUAUGCCGACGAGCCACAUCUAUACGGCCCGGCCUUAUCAUCCUUCAACGCGAUACACGUCGGCAAGGGCGAAGACGACCCGGAGAAAGGCGGCCUCUUCUUCGAGGAGGGAGGAGACGACGCCGGGCUCGAGGCGCGCCGGGCUAUCGGCGCACCGGACGCGGCCAAGGCGCGCAUGAAGUGGGCGCUACGAGACGACAGCAAGCAGAAGUGGGUGUUUGAGCACGGCAAGACGUACUGCGCCGACUUCUUCAACCCCUACCUGGAUUUCGGCGACUUCAGUCUUAAGCUGCCCGGUUUUACGCUCCCUAUCAUGAAGUAUUGGGACGGCCAAGGCCUAAGAUACGUGCUACGCAACAAGUCCACCAGCGACACCUACCUCGUCGUCAUCUUCAGCCUGUACCUGAGGGAGGACGUGAACGAGGACGGCUCCCUCAACGACGCCGCCGUGGCGUCACACAAGGUGGAGAAGACACUGGCCGGCGAGACUAGCGGGGCGGCCGAAGAGGCCGAGGACCCCAAAGCCUUGGAGGAGGCGAGGAAGCAUCUCGAGGGCUCGGGCCCCGGGAAGGCGGAGGCGCGGGAGACGAACGACGAUGAUGUUGAUUGA